AUGGCGUCGCGCUUAGCGAGAAGUGCUGUCGGGGCUGCCCGCCUGCGACCGAGCAUCGUUCCGCGCGCCCUCCCCGCCGUCUCUAGUCUCGUCACCGCACGCCACAACUCCAACGUCCCCUCGCAGGAUCCCAAGACCAAGGCCCAGUCGAUCAUCGAUGCGCUCCCCGGCAGCAACCUGCUUUCCAAGACGGCUAUCCUCUCGUCGGCCGCCGGUCUCUCGAUUUACGCGCUCAGCAACGAGUACUACGUCAUGAACGAGGAGACGGUCGUCGCCUUCUGCCUUCUCAGCGUCUGGGGUGCUCUCAUCAAGUACGGUGGCCCCGUGUACAAGGAAUGGGCCGAGGCGCAGAACGAGAAGAUCAAGAACAUCCUCAACUCUGCCCGUGCCGACCACACUCAGGCGGUCAAGACGCGCAUCGAGGAUGUCAAGCAGAUGUCUGGCGUCAUUGACGUGACGAAGUCGCUGUUUGCUGUUUCCAAGGAAACCGCCAGGCUCGAGGCUGAGGCGUACGAACUCGAGCAGCGGACGGCCCUGGCGGCCGAGGCCAAGAACGUCCUGGAUUCGUGGGUGCGGUACGAGAGUCAGGUCAAGCAGCGGCAACAAAAGGAGCUUGCUCAGACCAUCAUUGCCAAGGUGCAGAAGGAGCUGGAAAACCCCAAGGUCCUGCAGCAGAUUCUCCAGCAGAGUGUGGCGGAUGUUGAGAGGAUCGUCUCUUCCAAGGCUCAAUAG